GUCACUUCUUUUUACUUCUUUCUUUCCUAUUAAAGUUUUUAUUUUUUUGGUCGAUCUCUAGUUACAAUAAUGAGUGUAGCUAAAGUAUAUACUUAUGCCAAUGUUGGUCAACCUAAAAGUUAUUAUGAUUAUGAAGCUUUGGAAAUAGAAUGGGGAAUACAAAACAAUUAUGAAAUCUUUCGGAAGAUUGGUAGGGGGAAAUAUUCAGAAGUAUUUGAAGGCAUCAAUACAGUGAAUCAAGAAAAGUGUGUGAUCAAGGUCCUGAAACCUGUCAAAAAGAUGAAGAUUCAACGAGAAAUCAAGAUCUUACAAAAUCUGACAGGUGGAACUAACAUUAUUGGACUUUUAGAUGUUGUUCGAGAUGAACAGUCACGGGUACCUUCUUUUAUUUUUGAACAUGUGGCCAAUACGGAUUUUAAACAUCUUUAUCCAAUGUUAACUGAUUUGGAAAUUCGAUACUAUAUGAUGGAACUUCUCAAGGCUUUGGAUUAUUGUCAUUCUAAAGGAAUUAUGCAUCGUGAUGUGAAACCUCAUAAUGUCAUGAUUGAUCAUGCAAACAAAAAGUUACGAUUAAUUGAUUGGGGUUUAGCUGAUUUUUAUCAUCCUGGAACAGAAUAUAAUGUACGUGUAGCCUCUCGAUGUUUCAAAGGUCCUGAAUUACUGGUCAAUGAUCGAUUAUAUGAUUAUAGUUUGGAUUUAUGGAGUUUUGGUUGUAUGUUAGCUGGCAUGUGUUUUAGAAAGGAACCUUUUUUUAAUGGUGUGGAUAAUGACGAUCAACUUCGAAAAAUCACUCAAGUACUAGGAACCGAGGAUCUUUAUGCUUAUCUUGAAAAAUAUUCUCUGGAAUUACCUCCUCGUCUUCAAAAACUCAUUACAAGGCAAACACGGAAAUCUUGGUCAAACUUUGUGAAUGAAGCCAAUCAACGUUAUAUGUCAAAAGAAUUAUGGGACUUUUUGGAUGGAUUGUUGAAAUAUGAUCAUGGUGAAAGAUACACAUGCAAGGAGGCUAUGGAACAUCCUUAUUUUUACCCUAUCUUGGCGUCCAUGGAACAAACUUGAAUCUGACACAAAACUUUUUUUUUACAUAGAACAUAGAAAUUUUGCAUUCCUUUUUUAACAUUCCUACUUUGUAUUUUUCUAUUCUUUUUAUUUUAUUUUACAUUACUUUUUAUAUAUACAGAUAUAUCUUUCUUUUUUUUUAUUGUCAUUUAUUCAUUCUCUAUAUAUUUUUUUUUAAUAAAAAAAAUCCAUUUUUU